GGGGCCGGUGUCGCCUCUUUGCCUCGUCGUCCCCUAUUCGCUGCCCGGUCGUCGCGUGGGCCGCCGACACCAUGAAGAUCUGGACUUCCGAGCAUGUCUUUGACCACCCGUGGGAAACCGUCACAACAGCUGCAAUGCAAAAGUACCCAAACCCUAUGAACCCAAGCGUAGUUGGAGUUGAUGUGCUGGACAGACAUAUAGAUUCCUCUGGAAAGUUGCACAGCCAUAGGCUUCUCAGCACAGAGUGGGGACUGCCUUCCAUCGUGAAGUCUCUCAUUGGUGCAGCAAGAACCAAAACGUAUGUGCAAGAACAUUCUGUAGUUGAUCCUCUAGAGAAAACAAUGGAACUUAAAUCUACUAAUAUUUCAUUUACAAAUAUGGUUUCAGUAGAUGAGAGACUUAUAUACAAACCACAUCCUCAGGACCCAGAAAAAACUACUUUGACUCAAGAAGCUAUAAUCACUGUGAAAGGAGUCAGCCUCAGUAGCUACCUUGAAGGACUCAUGGCAAGUACAAUAUCUUCAAAUGCCAAUAAAGGCCGAGAAGCAAUGGAAUGGGUAAUACAUAAAUUAAAUGCUGAGAUUGAAGAAUUGACAGCUUCAGCAAGAGGAAGCAUAAGGACUCCAAUGGCGGCGGCAGCAUUUAUAGAGAAAUGAUCAUGGAAAUUGGUAGACAACCUUGGGUGCCCAGGUCUCUCCAAGUUGGCAAUAUAUUUAUUUGUUACUUAAAAAAUACAAUUCUAUUUUAGGUAGAAUUUUUUUAAAUAAGCUGACAUAAGGCUAAGGUACUUGAUCAAAACAGAUUCAGGGCUUCUAAAUAAAAGGGAUCAUACGAAAAUGGUGUUUGAAAUGACUGUCAUUCGAAGGGUUCCAGUAUUUAUGUGGAAACUUAAUUUUUUGAAAGGUCCUUGGAAAUAGGUAUUGGCGUUGAAUCUCCUUCAGGUAGAAUUUUAAAGCUUUUCGUGCACCAUAAGUCUACCUGGCUUUGGACCAAUCCCAGGACAGCAGCACCACCCCCUAAGACAUACAUUACAUUGCUAUACACUCAAUAGCUCAUAAGGGAACUUACAGGAGAAAUUAUGUAGUUUUAAAAGGUAUUAAUUUGUAUAAAAUAAGUUACUCUGCUAUAAAACACCACUAAAAACCACAGUGUUUUGGUUUAGUACGUAAAUAUUUUUGGAGUGAGAAUUAUCACUGAAGUAAUAUAUGACUCCAACAAAAAUAUGGUUUUAUUGUAUUAAAGAGUACUGUAUUAAUUUGCCAAAGUUUUGUAACUUAGUAAAGGCAUUACCUUCCUUGGAUUUGUACUUAGUGAUUUAGUAUGCUGUAUCGUGGGCUGGUUAUGUUAACUGAAAAAGUCAUUACCUGAGUUUUGCAGCAUUCUAAACUUAAACAGAACAGCUGUUCACAUCUUUUAGCAUUUCACAUUUGCCUAACUUAUAAAUUGCCAUGUGUCAAAAUCAUGGUUUUGUAAUUGCUAAGGCAUGAUAUGUCAGGUUAUUUGAAUAUAAUUACUUUUUGAAGUAAUUGUGACCACAAAACAUCUUUUUUUACAUGAAGAGCUGUACAUCAUUUGAAAUUACUCAAAUGAUGUCUUAAUCUGAAGCGUAAACCCCAGGUACUUAAUGUUUUUAAUAAUAUGGUGCCACUGCAGGGCUGGGAGUGGUGGGGGAGAACAAAGGAUAAAGGGGAGAGGAAGGAUUGGCUUAAACUAACCAGCAAGUGAAUUGCACUGCAGCUUGUAUUUACAGGGAAUCCUUAUUUUGAAUGCCAGAAGGCAACUGCAGACUGCAAAACAAUCCAAUAAAUGUUAUUUUGUUUUGCAUUUUGUAGCAGCACUUAUCCACCACUAAAUAAUAGCUCUGGUAUUUGUAGUUGUUGCAUACAGAGUAUGUUUGUUAAAAGGUGAUUAGCUUUUGACUUUAUUUUACAAUGCUUCAUAUGAUAAACUUCUAGUCAGGUUUCCUUUCAGAGACCAGCUAAUAUAUGUACAUAAACCACGGAAAUAUUAUAACAAACUAUUUUGAAAUUAUUGGUUUUCUACUUGAAAUAGUUUAGCUUAAGACUUCUCAGAACAUUUGUAAAAGCAAGUUAAAUCCCAUAAGGUUUGAUUUUUUUUUUCUUGUAACCAGAAAUGGUUUUGCAACUGAAAUAACAUUUCACCUAAACAAAACAUUACUAAAUAUUGACAUUUGAUAAGAAGUUGUCUUGGGUAAUUUCUGUAAAUUAUGCCUGUUCUGAAAAAGGUGUAGUGCCCUAAUGAUAAAAUAUUUUUAAACAAAUCCUUAUCCUUCGUUUGAUUUUUUAAACUCUGCUCUAAUGAUUUUCGUUUUCCAAAAUAGCUGGUAAUUCAUAGCUUUUACCUGUGAAAAUAUAAAUCCACAGCAAACAAAUGCAUUUAAGACUAAACUGGACUAAAGUGUUCACAAAUGAAACUUCUGGACUAUUGAGCAUCUAUUUCGUAUUUUUAAAAAUUAACAUAUGAACUAAAAACUUGUUAAUAAAAACUUUUUUAACUGUGA